AUGACAAGAGCAGCUUUAAAUCAUUGGUUUACAAGUUCAAAUCGUCUAUUAUUGGACUUAAGAUCUUUGGAUGUUCAUUGCCGUCGCAGAAUAAUUCCUUCAGCUUGCAUACCUGUAUCAGAUUUGAAUUUGUAUUGGUUUGAAUUGCCACCAAAAUCCAUUCCAUUUGCUGUACUAGAGCCAAGUGAUAAUAAAGGUGUUGCUAACCAAUUACUCAAAGAUCAUGGAUGGAGGAUCAAUUGGGUGUUUAAUGAGGCUGAUGAUGAAAUGAAGAAAUGGUUUUUAUUUCAACCAAAUCCUUUUCUAAUGAAUAAUAUUGAAUUAAUAGAACAAUCAUUAAUUGGUGAAUCAUUUAUGUAUGAUCAACAAAAAAAGGUUUUUAAUUGCUUGGAUGUUGGAUGUGGUAGUGGUAGAGAUAUUUGUUGGCUUGGUGCAAGGAAAUCAUCUGGUGUUGAUUGGUAUGUUACAGGUAUGGAUGUGUUAACAAGUGCACUUGAUCGUGCCAAACUCUUAGCCAAACGAAUGGAUGUACUGCAUAAAAUUCAAACAAUUAAUGCUAAAAUCUUGAAUAAUGGAAAUAUCAAGUUGCUAUUACCAAUAAGGAAGGAUGAAAAUAAAGAAAUUAUUACAAGCGAAAAAGAGCACAAGAAAGAAAGUAAUGAAGAAGAAAUUCUAAAUAAAAGAUAUGAUCUUGUUCUUUGUAUAAGAUUUCUAAAUAGAAAUUUUUUUGAUAGAAUGAUAAAUCUUGUAAAUCCAGGCGGAUUCCUAUUACUAAGUACAUUUGUUGAUGAUAAGAUACAUGUAUAUGAAAGGCCUCAUAGCGAUGAACAUAGGUUGAAAUUGGGCGAACUCUCAGAAAUAGUGAAAAAUAAAUAUCAACACUUUAAUAUAAUCCAAGAUAAAAUUGAAUUUAUUGAAGAUGGUAGACCUGUUAAUUCUUUUCUAGUUAGAAGAAAAAGUGAUGAUAAUAAUGUGUUAUAG